GCCACCUCGUACUUGCGCACCCCCCUCUCCUCCUCCAACCUUUCGUUUUCUCUCUUUCCCACUCCUAUAAAAUGCAGCGACACUUGCAUUCUGUAUAUGGACGCGUUUUUGACAGAGAAUAAUAGUCAAAACAGAGAGUGAGGAAGGGAGGGAGUUAGAGUGAGGGAGGGAGAAGAAGGGACGGAAAAAGGGUGAGCACAUGUGUAUACUUGUCACUAAGGGGGCAGGAAAAAAGGAAUAAGGAAGCUGAGGUAGCCGCCAUAUGCUGUGGAUUUUGUGAAUGUCUUGCUGAAUAUCCUUCUUUGGGGGAAAAGAUGGGAAGCUCUCAUUUGCUGAACAAAGGCUUACCUCUAGGCAUCCGGCCGCCCAUCAUGAACGGGCCAAUGCAUCCCCGCCCUCUGGUGGCUCUUCUGGAUGGGCGUGACUGCACAGUGGAGAUGCCCGUGCUGAAAGAUGUGGCCACCGUGGCUUUCUGUGACGCCCAGUCCACCCAGGAGAUCCAUGAGAAGGUUCUGAACGAGGCUGUGGGAGCUCUGAUGUACCACACCAUCACACUGAUGAGGGAGGACCUGGAGAAGUUCAAAGCCCUGAGGAUCAUCGUCCGCAUAGGCAGCGGCUUCGACAACAUUGACCUCAAAUCUGCCGGAGAUCUUGGCAUCGCAGUGUGCAACAUGCCGGCAGCGUCCGUGGAGGAGACGGCCGAUUCGACGCUGUGCCACAUCCUGAACCUGUACAGACGAACCACCUGGCUGCACCAGUCCCUCCGUGAAGGAACCCGGGUCCAGAGCGUGGAACAAAUACGGGAGGUGGCGUCUGGGGCGGCCAGGAUCAGAGGGGAGACUCUGGGCAUCAUCGGACUGGGCCGCGUAGGCCAGGCGGUAGCUCUGAGAGCUAAAGCCUUUGGCUUUAACGUGAUCUUCUACGACCCCUACCUGUUGGACGGUGUUGAGCGAGCUCUGGGGCUGCAGCGGGUCAAUACCCUGCAGGACCUGCUUUUCCACUCGGACUGUGUGUCCCUGCACUGCAGCCUCAACGAACACAACCACCACCUCAUCAAUGACUUCACUAUCAAACAGAUGCGUCAGGGAGCCUUCCUGGUGAACACGGCGCGAGGGGGCCUCGUAGAUGAGAAGGCCCUGGCCCAGGCCCUCAAGGAUGGCCGGAUAAGAGGAGCGGCGCUGGAUGUUCACGAGACGGAGCCUUUCAGCUUCAGCCAGGGCCCGCUGAAAGAUGCCCCCAACCUGAUCUGCACCCCUCACGCCGCGUGGUACAGCGAGCAGGCCUCCAUCGAGAUGAGGGAGGAGGCGGCCCGCGAGAUCCGAAGAGCCAUCACCGGUCGUAUCCCAGACAGUCUGAAGAACUGUGUGAAUAAAGAGUUCCUCACCCAGACUAACCACUGGGCGGGUAUGGACCCCGCAGCGCUCCACUCUGAGCUCAAUGGUGCUUACAGAUAUCCCCCCGGGGUUGUGAGUUUGGCCUCUGGGGGCCUCACUCCUGCCGGGGGGGGGAUUGUGCCCAGCGCCAUGCCCAUCACACAUAACCUCCAGUCAGCCACACACCCGCCCCACAACCCUUCACCUAGUCAGCCAGGCAAGCCUGACGGUGACAGAGAGCAGCACCCUAAUGACCAGUUGUAACUUUACCUUUGGUAGAUACUACCAGUCCAAGCUGCACCCACACAGGGCUCUCUGGUUGUAGCCAAACAUCCUUUCCAGAGAGUUCUGUGGUACAUUGUCAAUCUAUUUUAGGGGAGCAUUCAGUGAGCUGAAGCACUGCACAAUGUUGCAAACAAAAAUAUGAGGUACAUAUUACAGAUUUGUACCUGUUCUAAGUGUACAUUUCUACCUGCACAUUGUUUAAUGUUGCACCAUCCUGGAUACACCAACUGCUUUUCACCCCAAAGAGAAGGGAAAGGAGGUGCCAGUGGUUCUCACCUGUUCCAUUAGCAGGCUGACUGACUGAGGGACUUCCUGGCCUAACCCUAUUUUCGUUGCCCUUCUUUUAAAAAAAAGUUUUGAAAAAAGAUUAUAUCAAUUUGGAAAGAAAAAAUGAAAUUCUGCUGUUUCUAGACUGUAGUUUGUUCCAAAUACAUGGAUGAAUAUCUGUUUGUGUGUCCUAUACGGAUUCAUUGUUCAUCUGAAGUAGUCGGUAAAAGAUUCAUGUUUGUGUACAGUUUUUAGGGUUAUGAGAAAAAUAUGUUUGUAGGAUACAAGAAGAAAAAAUUAUAUUAAAGCAACAAAUUUGUCCCCCUGAUAGCCACAAAAGGUUUUGCACUCCUUCUCAGGAAAAGCCACUUUUGUUUUGAGACUGCUAUGAGACUCGUUCAUUCUGUCAGUUAAGGGGCAUGUGUUUUUCCCUGGGCUCUGUGUAAAUGUUGAAACUACAUUGGGAGAGGCGGCCCUUAUGUCUCGUGCAUACAUACCUGGUGUCCUGCUUGCCCGUGUCAGUGUGACUUGAUUGUAAGUGUUGUCUGAGAAGUGGCUGUUAGCUGCAGAAUUAGUAGCAGACCUUCUGCCUACCUUUGGUUCCCCCUAUGGUAAAGUAGUAGGCUUAGCAAUAUAUGUAUUAUAUUAUACAGUAAAAUAUCAUUAUUUUUGGUCAACCAAAAUCCAGAAAGAAAUGUUUGUGACUGACUGUAUGCAUUUGUAUGAAUUAUUUUGGAAAGAAAUUAAAGUCGCUUUAGAAAGGUUAGAA